CUGACAUCGUCCGCAGUAUUCGUCUUUAUUGGUGGAUGGAUGAAUUUACACGAACAUUCCUCGCCUACAAGACAGUAAACAUGUACGCGCUCGUGAUCCUGCUGGGGGCGGUGGUGGGCGUGGCGAACUCGCACUCCUUUGAGUGGGGAAGCUGCAAGAAGGUCAAUCCGGUCGCGAACUUCCAGGCAGGUCAGUUCACCGGCAAGUGGUACGUCAUCGAGAUCUUCAGCACCACCAGCGACUGCAUGACCAUGUACUUCAACCUCACCGACGACGGCAGCUUCAAGGUCACCGAAACCAGGGAAUUCCACCCGUUGGAAGCGAUCGGUCUGGAUCACAGGUUCUCCAACGUCGGGACACUGAAGAAGGUGGACGGAUGGGAACCAGGCCGGUAUAAGGUGACUUGGCCGGGGGACUCUGACUUCUUCGGCAGCUUUGGCUCGAGAGAAGGAAUCAUCCUGGACACCGACUACACCAAGGCCGCCGUACUAAUGGAGUGUCAGAACUUCUCACUCUUCAAAAGGAUCUCGGUUGUCAUUUUGAGCAGGACGGAAUCCCUCGAUAGCUCCACCGUCACGCAGAUCAAAAAGGACCUGGAAGAGUUAGGCUACGAUGUCGAUGAUUUCGACAAGAUCGACCACAGUACCUGCAGCUCCGCUCCAGACUUCGAUGUCGGCCUCGACGAAGAUGGCACGUUCAGCCUCGAUGGCACUCCUUUGAACAUCCCUGCCAUCCCUAAUGUCGGGGAGCUGCCUGCCGAUGUCAUCCCCGACAUCAAUGAAGUCCUUACUUCCCGUAAGAGACGGUGAGAAGUACGGGAACACAACGGAUCCGGUCGUUUAAGCUCUUUGGAUUGAGUAGCAUAUGGGAGUAUAGAUGUGCGAAUAAAUGAUCUCGGAUCGGAUUCACAAUGGG